AUGGAAAUCAUAACUGAUCUUUUGCAUGAACAUAUAGAAGGACCACUAUCAAGUAAUAUAUAUAAUAAAUUUAACAAUAAUGUAAAUGGAAGCCAAUACGAUGAAAUUUGUAAAAAAUGCAAGGACGUUAAAGAUGAUUAUCCAACAGGAAGUUAUGAUCUUUGUAAAAAAAUUGCAAAAAAUGCAGAGGAUUUAUCACUACAGAAAAAUAAAGAAGGAUAUAUUCCCCACUGCUUACAUUAUACAUACUGGGUAUAUUAUAAAAUAAAACAAAUUUUAGAGCUUAGCCCCGAAAAUAAUAAAUCAGAACAUCUUGUUAAUUUUUUAAAAGUAAGAAGUAGCAUUUAUGAUCGUUAUUCUUUAUAUAAAUGUCUACCUGAAAUUGAAGGGAACACUAUAGAUGGAUUAAAUGAAAAGGUAGAUGAAAAAUAUUUGUUCGAUUAUUUUCAAUAUUAUGAUGACAUUAAAACAUAUAAUACUUGUAUUAACGUUGAAUUCAAAGAAUACGAAAAAUACCUUAAUAAGAUUAAAGAACUAUACAUAAAUCAUAAAAAUACUAAAGAAUGCUGUGAUGAUUCUUUUUGGGAUAAUUGCGAUAUGUAUUUUAAAUGUAAUAAAGAGUUUGAUCCUAAUACACUCUUAUCUUCAUUAAAGGAUAAACAAAAUAAUAAUUGUGAUAUCUUAAAAACAUUAGAUAAAUCUUCAGAAUCCAGUAAUUCAUUGAAUUCUCAGGGUUCACAAAGAGAUUUUAAGGAUUCAAUUUAUUUUCUCAGAUGUACAGACAAUAUGGGUGACAGUCCUGAAGAUACAAGUCGUAAAGGUGGUAAAAUUAAUUGUUAUGCAUUUCCAGCAUCUCGUGAAUCACUUAAUAAGCCAACUUCACCAUACUAUCUACCUCCUCUCCAUGGCGAUUCUUCUAUGGCCACCACUUAUGGAAGUAAAAACUCUGAAUCAGACUUAAUCCCCAGUAAAGGAACGCAGCAAUCACUUGGAGCCACAAUUAACGGAGUUCAAGAGUUCUGUCAAAAACAGGGAUUAGUAAAAAGCUCAGAAGGAAUAUGUAGAGAGCCAAGUGUUCGUGAUACUCCAAUGAUUGGGGCAAAAUGGAAUAUCUAUGCCCCACAAGGAAGAGUUAAAUAUUCUCCUGAAAUUAUAUCUGUACUUUUUAAGAAUUCAGAUAAGUCCAAUAUAUUCAGUAACAACAUAUUCCGUGUUGGUAUCGCAUUUACUUUGAUUGUGGGAAUAAUUUCAACUAUUUACACUUAUUAUAAAUUUACGCCCUUCGGAAGAGGUUUUCAUAAAAAGGUACCAAGGAAAAAAAGAAUUGACGAUUACUAUUAUGAUGAUCCUCAUAUGCGGCAUUUUGUAAUCCGUGCUCCAAAAUCCGCUAAAAGAAAAGUUGGUAGUAGAAGAUUACAUUUUUCUUAUUAUUCUAGGUGA